AUAAUUCUAACUUCAUUGUCCUCAUCGUCAUCGUCAAGCCACACAACAUCUCUCCUGCUUCUGGUGCUCCUGUCGCUUUUUGUUAUUCGGAAUCGGUGAAUAUAGAAGAUCGUUUUGUUCUGUGUGUAAUCCAGGAUCCGAUUUCAUGGAGAACCUCAAGGAUGAGAAAAAUGCACCAUGGUUAUCAGUACCUCAAUUUGGGGACUGGGACCAGAAGGGACCAUUGCCAGACUACUCUUUGGAUUUCUCAAAGAUCAGAGAGAUGAGGAAACAGAACAAGAGAGAGAUAUCAAGAACUAGCAUUGGUAAUGAAGAAGACUUCAUCUCUUCCAACAAACCCAAACUUGAUACAACACCACAGCCAAGUGAUCCCCAUCACCAUUUCAGCCAGGACCAGCACUCUCCAAAUAACAAGAGAAGCUUAUUAAGUUGCUUCAACUGUUGUGUUAAGGCUUGACGUUGUGGAGCAGAACGAAAUUUUAACCGUAUUUCAUCCGGGUACUUGUUUCUUUGCAUUAAUUUAUUAAAUGCAUUUUGAUUUGUGAUGAUAAACGUUGUUGUCUGUAAUUUGUUCACAUUAUGUGAUGUUAUUAAUGAAUGUAGAUAGAAUUGAUGCUAUUC